AGCGCCCGCUCCUCUUUCUGCUGCGCCGCGCUCGCUGCUGUGGGAGCUGUUGCUGCUGGUGUCGCCGCCGCCGCCCUUACAUCCGCUUUUCUUAACUGACCGCAAUGGCCAACCCCGUUGUGUUCUUCGAUAUAGCCGCGGACGGGACCCCCCUGGGGCGUGUGACCUUCGAGCUGUUCAGUGACAAGGUUCCAAAGACAGCAGAGAAUUUCCGUGCCUUGAGCACUGGGGAGAAAGGCUUUGGCUACAAGGGGUCCUGCUUUCACAGAGUAAUUCCUGGAUUCAUGUGCCAGGGUGGUGACUUUACCCGCCAUAAUGGAACAGGUGGCAGAUCCAUUUAUGGUGAGAAGUUUGCUGAUGAGAACUUCCUCCUCAAGCACACAGGCCCUGGCAUUUUGUCUAUGGCAAAUGCUGGUCCCAAUACAAAUGGAUCUCAGUUCUUCAUUUGUACUGCCAGGACUGAUUGGUUGGAUGGGAAACAUGUGGUCUUUGGCCAGGUCAAAGAAGGAAUGAAGGUUGUGGAACAAAUGGAGCAGUGUGGAUCAAGGAAUGGCAAGACAAGCAAGAAGCUCAGCAUCAUUGACUGUGGGCAGCUGUCAUAAAAUUCCUUUGUCUUAACAAUCAACCAUUCCUUCUGUAGCUGGGGUUCGUACCCCACCUGGGGUGCUUUAGUCCUGUAACCCGUGUGCUCCUGACUUAACUGCUGCUUUUCUAUUCGGUUUCAAUUUCCGCUCCCUCAAGUCCCGCUGGACUGAAGACAUGUUUGUUUGCAAAAUGAAAUAAAACAAGUUAAACCACA